AUCGCUUUCGUCGGGUCUUCAGUCUCCGCACUAAACCCGUCUGACAGCUCGGACUCGGAUCCACCGCAGUGCCGGCCGAACCGCCUCCUGGUUCGGGUUCAGGCGGCGGUUCGCAUGGCUUUGUCAGCUCUCUUAGUCUGCUGACUCACGUGCUUUUGUUGCCUGUUGUGGGAAGCCCUAACCACAUGACCGGCGGCCUUCUUAGUGCGCGGCAGAUCUACUCGAUCGAGGACCUUUUCUCGCUCAUUUAGCCUUUUUGUGGUCUGCUCUCCCCGCCGCAGCAUCCUAAAUAUCGCGCUUCCAUCCCUGCCCCUCCUCUCUUCUUUUGAUUUAGAUCCUGAUAUUGAUCCUGCUCAAUCUGCUUCUUCUUCUUCUUCUUCUUCUUCUGCUUUGCUAUCAUUCAUAUCUGCUCCACCAUGACUGUCUCGCAGAACGGACCCUUCUACGUAGGCAUUGACGUCGGUACUGGCUCCGCCCGUGCCUGUCUUAUCGACUCCACCGGUGAGAUCCUUGCCGUUGCUUCAAAGGAAAUCAAGCAAUGGAACCCCAAGCCGGAUUUCUAUAACCAAUCCUCUGACGACAUCUGGGACGCUUGCUGCUACUCUGUCCGCAAAAUCCUCGCCGAUUCCGGCGUCUCAAAGUCUGACGUCAAAGGCCUCGGCUUCGACGCAACCUGCUCCCUCGUCGUCCUCCGCGAGUCAGACGACUCCCCCGUCGCCGUCGGUCCCGACUUUGCCGAAAACUCCCAAAACAUCGUUCUCUGGAUGGACCACCGCUGUCCCGACGAAACCGAGCAGAUAAACGCCACAGACCAUAACCUUCUCCGCUACGUGGGCGGCGCAAUGUCGAUCGAAAUGGAAAUUCCAAAGGUCAAAUGGCUCAAAAAUCACAUGCCCGCCGGCGAGUUUGCAAACUGCAAGUUCUACGAUCUCGCAGACUUCCUCACCCACCGCGCCACAAAGAAGGAAACCCGCUCGUUCUGCUCCGUCGUCUGCAAGCAGGGCUACGUCCCCGUCGGCGUCGACGGCUGCAUGAAGGGCUGGUCCGCGGACUUCUUCGAGGCCAUCGAUCUCCCCGAGCUCGUCGAAGACGACUUCAGACGCGUCGGCGGCGUCCUCGGCGUCAAUGGCACAAUCCUCUCCGCUGGCGAGUAUCUCAGCACUCUCUGCCCCGAGGCCGCCGACCAGCUCGGUCUUGACCCCAGCUGCGCGGUCGGUUCCGGUGUCAUCGACUGCUACGCGGGCUGGAUCGGCACCGUCGCCGCAAAGAUCAACGACCCAAACUGGAUCCAGGAGUCCGCCGAGGGCGAGCACGACCUCGACGUCGCGACCUACAGACUCUCCGCCGUCGCCGGCACAAGCACCUGCCAUCUCGCCGUCACCAAAAACCCCGUCUUUGUUCCCGGCGUCUGGGGUCCCUACCGCGACGUCCUCCUGCCAGACUACUGGAUGGCCGAGGGCGGCCAGUCCGCCACCGGCGCGCUCCUCGCGCACAUUCUCAAAUCCCACCCGGCCCACGCGGAAGCAAAGAGCCUUGCCGACGCGAAAUCCGUCUCGAUCUUCGAGUUCCUCAACGACCGCCUCGAGCAGCUGCGCGUCGAGCAGAGCCUGCCCACGCUCGAGCAUCUCAUCCGCCACUAUUACUUCUACGGCGACCUGCACGGCAACCGCUCGCCGAUCGCGUCCGAGAAGAUGAAGGGCGUCGUCGUCGGUCUCUCGUUCGACGUCUCGGUCGACGCGCUCGCGCUGUCGUACCUCGCCGCCGUCGAGUUCAUCGGCCUGCAAACCCGCCACAUCAUCCAGGCCCUCAACGACUCCGGCCACAACAUCAAAUCGAUCUUCCUCUCGGGCGGACAGUGCCGCAACCCGGUGCUUACCUCGCUCAUGGCCUCCUGCACCGGCAUGCCGGUCGUCAUCCCAAAGUACAUCGACGCCGCCGUCGUCUUUGGCUCCGCGCUGCUCGGCGCGAAGGCCGCGUCCGCGGACAAAGACGGCUACACGGACUCGCUAUGGACCAUCAUGAAGCGCAUGAGCGGCUCCGGCACUGUCGUCUACCCGACCCAGGACGGCGAGGAGAAGCGGUUGAUUGACGCAAAGUACCUGAUUUUCCUCGACAUGGCCAAGAGGCAGCAGCAGUACAGAUCUCUGGUCGACGCGACGUUGGCCGAGGACGUGAACGCGAUUACGAUUGCAGAGAAAAUCGGCGCUGCGUAGAUCUUGUCUUGCUGUAUUUUCAUGACUGUAUAUAGAAGCCCGUUCUUCACCUUUGUUUAUGUUGUUCGCGUUAGGUUAUGUAAAUUGAUAUUGUUGUCUUCUUACUCUGUCCGUCUGAACUGAACCAGCACCUCGCAUUCGGAACUUUAGAAGUGUGAUUUCCUCGCAAGGGUCUUUUAUUCGUCAUCGCGACCUCAUAGCUGACGCGACGCGUAGACUCGUGACGCGUAGACUCUGCCUGUCGUCACGGUGAGGGGAUGGCCGACUAUAUAUUGUGGCGCAGGUCGUGUUAUAGCGGUGACGAUCCGUGAAUUACUAUUACGAUCCGCGAAUUACUAUUACGACGACGACGACGAUGAUGAUGAUGGUGAUGAUGAUGAUGAUGAUGAUGAUGAUAAUGAUGAUGAUGAUGAU